AUGUCAUUGAGCGGAAAAAAUGUGCUUCUCACAGGUGCCUCUAUGGGCAUUGGGGAAGCCAUCGCCUUUGCUCUGGUUGAAGCUAGGGCGAACGUGAUUCUAUUUUCACGCUCCGAGAACAAACUGGCACAGCUUAAAGAGAAGCUGUCGGCGACAUCAGAUGUGAAAAUCACAUAUGGAACCGUGGAUGUUGGGGAUUAUGCCAGCGUUGAAGCAGCGGUGUCUUCAGCUAUCGAAGAGAUGGGAGAUAUCGACGUUCUCAUCAACAACGCGGGUCUUGCCCUCGGUGCUCCGAGCCCAUUCCCAGAGUUGAAAGUCUCGGACAUCUUAACAAUGAACAAUACCAACAUCAACGGGUACAUGUUCACGGCUCAUGCCGUACUGAAUCACUCCAUGCUUCGGCGGAAAGCAGGGACAAUUUUAAACAUUACCUCGGUCACAAGCCUGGAGGUCCCGCCAUUCCCAGGUGAAGCUGUAUAUCAUGCCAACAAGGCGUGCCAAGAGGCUUUUACCAACGCUUUGCGGAAUGAGCUGAGUGGCACGGAUAUACGCGUGCUCGCACUGCGACCGGGAUGUGUCGCGACGAAUUUCCAUUCGUUACGUGUGGGUCAUGACAAGGAGAUGUAUAAUUCUUUUUUUGAAGGAUAUGAACCACUCGUGGCGCCAGACAUUGCACAGGCUGCCGUUUAUAUGCUCCAGCAGCCACCGAAUCUGUCCGUAAAGGCGUUGGAUAUUGUUCCUUCAGCACAACGCUCGUUGAAUGUGUUUGACCGAUCGUGGAACGAGCGGAGAAAAGACCAAUGA